UCGGGUAUGGUUGUUUAUAGUUUUCUUGGGUGUUUUUCCCCCUCUCUUUCUUCUGUUUGUUGUACGGACCGUCGCACGCCAGUGUGUUUUGCAGCAGCUCACAGAACGGCGCCGUGCGUGUAGGUCGCAUUGACCAAAACCCUGCGGAAGUUUGCCCGAAAUCGGUUCCAUUGCUCUCAGUGGCGGUGUUUUUUUUGUUUCUCUGGUGGUGCCUGGUGGUGUUGCUGCGAUUCCGCGCGCGGGACGCUCUUGUUUUUGGUCCGUGGAUUCCGUGGAUGAUGUCAGAAGAAUUGGCCAGCAGCUGCUGCUCGUUUGGCGCUUCGUCGUCGUCGCAAGCAUAAACGAAGGCUUGGGAGUGCGCGCGCGUGUGUGUGUGUUUUUGCGUGGGCAUUUUGUGUGUUGCCGCCGGGUGUAAGACAUAUGCAGCGUUGUGCGUUCGGGGCAGCCUAGCUUCGCCUACCUCACUUACAUAAAAGGAAGCGAUGAAGUAAUCGGCCACCUCCCCACCCGCUCUGAUUUUGUUUCCCUCGUCUUCUUCCACCUCUUCUUCUUCCGUGGGUCGCCCGCGCGCGCCAUUGGCCUCGGCUCGCUCGCUUCCUUUGUUCUAUACCCAGUGCAGUGUGUGGCCAGGGAACGCUUCGAACGUGGCUUCGCUCCGAUCCCGGCGAGUCGCCAAAUUUGCAGUAGACACAUCCCGAAACAUCCCCUACACGCACACACACGCACACCGAAAGGACCAACAACAAAGUGCAAGUGUGUUUGUGCGUGUGCGUGUGUGUGAGACAGAACAAUCAACCCCCGUCAACAAGAAGCACCCCGAGUGUGACAAACCCCCGAAGCGAAACAUCUGCCAGGAAGAGCAGGUCAGGGAACGCGCACCACCGGCCCUGUCGCGCGCUCAGUCAACCAUCAACCAUCAGGAAAAGCAAAAUGAACCCGAACGUGGUGACGCGCAGCAGCGCCAAGCAGUCGAAGGUUCGGACCCGCGCCCAGCAGGCAGCAACGGAGGCGGAGCAGGAGGAGCGGCGGGUGAAGCUGUACGGUGGCUAUCGGUCGACCGGCAAGGGCAGCAUAGCGGAGGCGAAGAAGCAGGGCAAGCUGAGAAUGUCCGCCACCAGUCAGAACGGCACGGGUGCCGGCGGCGACCAGCGCCGCAGCUCCGACUUUACCGAGGUGCAGCUGAAGGACAUCUUCCAGAACGCGCAGAGCGGGGCGCGGACGGUGCGCGGCCCCACCGGCAUCCUGUACGACGAGCGGUUCGCGCUGCACCGCUGCCUGUGGGACACCAACUAUCCGGAGUGCCCGGAGCGGUACCUGCGCGUGAUGGAGCGCUUCACGAUCGGGCAGCUGGUCGACCGGUGCCAGUUCAUAGCGCCCCGGCCGGCCACCCGGGCCGAGCUGCUGACCAAGCACACGGCCGAGCAGAUCGAGCUGCUGGCGCAAACGCACGGCUCGCAGGACGAGCCCGAGCUGGAGCGGCUGAGCUCGCACUACGACGCCAUCUUCAUCCAUCCGACGUCGUACGAAACGAGCGUGCUGGCGGUCGGCAGCACGAUCCAGCUGGUCGAGAGCGUGUGGAGCGGGACGGUGCAGAACGGGAUGGCGAUACUGCGGCCGCCCGGGCACCACGCGAUGACCGCCGAGUACAACGGGUACUGCUUCUUCAACAACGUGGCGAUCGCGGCCCAGCACGCGCUCGACCAUCUCGGCACGCAGAAGAUAAUGAUCGUCGACUGGGACGUGCACCACGGGCAGGGCACGCAGCGGAUGUUCUACUCCGAUCCGAGGGUGCUGUACUUCUCCAUCCAUCGGUACGAGCACGGCACGUUCUGGCCGAACCUGCGCGAGUCCGACUUUGACUACGUCGGCACCGGCAAGGGCGAGGGGUACAACUUCAACGUGCCGCUCAACAAAACGGGCAUGACCAACGGCGACUACCUCGCGAUCUGGCAGCAGCUGCUACUGCCGGUCGCCACGGAGUUCGCUCCCGAGCUGAUUAUCGUGUCGGCUGGUUAUGAUUCUGCCCUGGGCGACGAAAAGGGCUGUAUGGAAAUAACGCCCGCGUUCUACUCGCACCUGCUCAGCCCGCUGCUGCUGAUGGCGCAGGGGCGCGUCGCCGUCGUCCUGGAGGGUGGCUACUGUCUCGAGUCGCUUGCCGAGGGCUGCGCGCUCACGCUCAAGACGCUGCUCGGCGAUCCGGCUCCACGGCUGACGGAAGCGCUGCAGCCCCCGUCCGAGAGCAUGCAGGCGUCCAUCCUGAACUGCAUCUACAGCCACCGGAAGUACUGGAAGUGUUUGCAGCUUUACGAGCUAUACGACCUGGAGGACUACAACAACACAAACCCGCAGGACAACUUCCACAAGGUGAUCAAAUGCUACGUGCCGCCGGAACCGCCGGCCCAGCCCGGCCGGUACGAGACGCGCAACUGCUACCCGGUGCAGUCGGCGGACGAGCGCGCCCGCAUCCAGGACCGGCUGGCCCGGCUGCACCUCGCCACCGAUCUGAGCUUCCCGCCCGACCGCGUCUGCUACGUGUACGACGAGCUGAUGCUCGAGCACCGCAACAGUGCGGAAAAGUGGCACCCGGAGCAGCCGGAGCGCAUCGCGAAGAUCAUGCAGCGGCUGACCGGGGACUACCAGCUGGCGCAGCGCAUGAAGCGGCUGCCGGGCCGGCUCGCCACCACCGAGGAGCUGUGUCUGGUGCACGGGCCGGAGCACGUGCGCCUGAUCGGCGAGGUGUGCCAGUCGAGCACGAUGAAGCAGACGGCCGACCAGUACAACUCGAUCUACUUCCACCCGAGCACGGACGCGAGUGCCCGCAUGGCGACCGGCUCGGUGCUGACCGUGGUGGAGGACGUGCUGGAGGGCCGUACCCGGUCGGGCGUGUGCGUGGUGCGCCCGCCCGGCCACCACGCGGAGGCGGACACGCCGCACGGAUUCUGCAUCUACAACAGCAUCGCGGUGGCGGCCCGGCAUGCGGUCAAGCGGUACGGGCUGCGGCGCGUCCUGAUCGUCGACUGGGACGUGCACCACGGCAACGGCACGCAGCACAUCUUCGAGCAGGACCCGCACGUGCUGUACAUCUCGGUGCACCGGUACGACAAUGGGGCGUUCUUCCCGCGCAGCACCGACGCCGACUACACCGUCGUCGGCAGCGGGCCGGGCCGGGGCUUCAACGUGAACAUCCCCUGGAACCGGAAGGGCAUGGGCGACCCGGAGUACGUGGCCGCGUUCCACUCGGUCAUACUGCCGAUCGCGUACGAGUACGAGCCGGAGCUGGUGCUGGUGUCGGCUGGGUUCGAUGCGGCGAUCGGCGACCCGCUCGGCGGGUGCCGCGUGACGCCCGAAGCGUACGGCCACUUCACGCAGUGGCUGUCGGUGCUGGCGGGCGGCCGGCUCGUCCUGUGCCUCGAGGGCGGCUACAACGUCAACUCGAUCUCGCACGCGAUGGCCAUGUGCACGAAGGCGCUGCUAGGCGAUCCACUGCCGAUGCUGCUACCGGUUAGCGGCACCGCCCGCACGCCCCCGGCGACGCACGCGUCCUGCUGCGAGACGCUCUGGAACGUGCUGUCCGUGCAGCGGCUGUACUGGCGGUCGCUUUGCUUCAACAAGAAGCUGCCGAGCAGCGAACCGCUGCUGGAGGAGACCGGCAGCGAGCUGAUCGAGGCGCUCGACAACAUGACGCUGAGCGAGCGGGGCGGCACCGACAAGCAGCAGCCGCAGCAAACCACAUCGUCCACCCCGUCGUCGUCGUCCGCCGCAAAGGCUGCCAGCAGUGGGGGUGAGCAGGCGGCGGGCAGCUCCAAACAACCGUCCCAAACGCUGACCGAGUUUUUGGAGGCUAACUUAGAGGCACUGCAGAACGAGGAAAUGUUUGCCGUAAUACCGCGCCGCGACUGUCCCCAUCUGAAGCUGCUGCGACCGGAAACGGCCCCAGAAGCAAUCGACACGCGCACACCGUGCAGUGACUGUAGCGCGGAGGUGGAAAACUGGAUCUGUUUGCUCUGUUUUGGCGUGUACUGCGGCCGGUACGUGAACGAGCACAUGCUGCGGCACGGUACCGAGGCGGCCGACCAUCCGCUCGCCCUCAGCUUCGCCGACCUGUCCGUCUGGUGCUACGGGUGCGACGCGUACAUCGACCAUCCCGCCCUGCACCACUACAAGAGCCUGGUGCACCAGGACAAGUUCCACGAGCCGCUCGUCUGGUCGUACGGCAGCGACCUCGUGCUGGACGUCGUGCCGGGCUCCAGCUCCGGCCGCAAGGCGGGACAGGACUGAUAUUGGCCGGACGUCUCGAAGGUGAUCUUUCGAGUGUUGGUGCUGUUUCUGCUGAAAAACAUUCUCGUCGGUUACCUGAAGUAGGCGAAAAAAAAAGUGGGAGAGAGAAAAAACAAACAAACAAACACGCCUCCCAGAGAUUGCGCUAGCCCUUGCUUGCGCCUUGCUUUAAAAAAACAACUUGCAUUAUCACGGGUUGCUGUACGGCCUGAACGCUCUCCGCCUACCGGUUCCGUUGUAACAUAUCUUUCCGUACCAAAAUGUGCCGGCAGCGGUAACUAUUUAUCAUAUAUACCAUACGUAACGUCAAACUAACGCGCGUCGCGUCGUCCUGCUGUCCCCACUGUACACAAUGUUCGUUCUAAUCCGCUGUAUGCACAAUUUAACGAUUCCUCUUGAAUGUGUGUAUGUCUGUUUGUUUGUGUUCUCAACGGGAGCAUAACGAUACCGAUAAGGGCUACUUACCAUAAGUGUUACAGAGACUAUAUACAGCGUAGUGAGGGAUGGGAUGCAGAAGCUGAGGAACAAUGUUAAUGACUGUUGUACAAAUCAUGCGUGCAACAGUGCGUUUUUUGCCGGGGUGGGGAAAUGGAAAAGUUUGUAGAAGAAUUGUGUAACUUGUGUUUAGGAUAUUCUAGCUCAAACCAAUUAUACUGCAACUAACCAAUUUGUAGAGCGCGUAGUAGUAGACAAGCGAGCAAAAAGUAAAAGUAAAAGGCAUAUGUUAACUAGAUAUUAACUAAGCAAAAUCUAUUAGCCCGACUAAAACUGUGCAACAGCAGGCGCACACACACGUGUGGUAACAAAACAAUACUAAAACAUUUAAAGCUAGCGCUGUUUUGCACAUGUUAGGACAGGACAUCCUGGUUGGCCAUUCCAUUUUCAUCGUGUGUGUGUGUGUGUUAGAAAUUUUAGAAACACUUUUCUGUUUGCUGUAGACCAAGAUUACGUAUUGGCGGUUGCAUUUUUAAUCGUUUUUUGCUAGUUUUUUUAAUCCUUUUUGAGAAUGUACGAAAAAGAUGCUGACAGGAUGGAAGUGUUAGGGUUUCAAGACGAUAGUGUGUCAGUGUUUUUUUUUUCAUAUUGAAGAUUCAUUAUAUACAAAAUCAACUUGUUUCAAAUGAGAGGAGAUAGCGUGUGCAUUAACAAUUGAGAGCAAAGGGAGAGCACCGGAGCGUUCCGGGAAAGUGUUACAAUUAUGUAUGUUUGUUCAAUAGAUUAUUAACAAAUAGUAACUAAAAUUUA